CUAAAGUAGACAUUGUCAUGAUUGUGCUUGCCUUUUUGACUGGUCAGCUCCGUGCAAAGUCGUUAGCCGAAACGCGACUUUGCAUGUCGACGAGCUCUUAUAAAAUGCCAGGGUCGAGUGCUUACCUUCACACCAAUUCUGCACCAUUCGAGCUCGGCACGUCCAAGCCCAAGGAGGCCCCUGGAACCGUCGACGAGCAACUGAAUAACAGAAUAUCGAAAGGAUUUGUAAGAUUGUACCAAUGAACUCGAGAGAGCACUCCAGUGCGCGGGUCCGGGCAUGGACGAUGGUGGUGCUGGUGCUGGCUUCGGUUUCCAGCCAAGCGUCGGCAGGAUUGAUAGCUUCUUACUGGGGGCAGAAUGGAGGCGAAGGCACCCUGGCCGACGCUUGUGCUUCGUCGAAUUAUGACAUUAUCAUGCUGGCCUUCCUCUACCGAUUCGGCAAUGGCCUGACUCCAGCCCUGAACCUGGCAGGACACUGUGACCCGGCCUCAGGCGGAUGCCAGGGCUUGGUCUCAGAGAUCAACAGCUGCCAGAGCAGAGGAGUCAAGGUGAUUUUGUCUCUGGGUGGAGGAGUUGGCGACUAUGGAUUCAGUUCUGCCGCCGAAGCUCUCGAGCUGGCGCAGUACUUGUGGGAUAAUUACCUCGGAGGCAGCUCGAGUUCCAGUCCAUUGGGCGCAGCCAAGCUCGACGGAAUCGACCUGGACAUCGAGCAAGGCGGGUCGCAGUACUAUCCCGAUUUGAUCAUGGCGCUGAAGACCAUGGCGCAGAGCAACGCGUACAAGAGGCUGUACGUAACCGCAGCUCCGCAAUGCCCUUUCCCGGAUGCGUCUCUGGGUCCGGCAAGCGGCACGGCUCUGAGCACAGGGCUCGUGGAUCUCGUGUUCGUGCAGUUCUACAACAACUACUGCGGCUACGGUGGAGGCCUGGAUCAGCUGGUGACAGUGUGGCGGCAAUGGGCCGGGGCUCUGCCCGGCUCGCAGAUCUUUCUGGGCCUUCCCGCAUCGCCAGACGCUGCGGGCAGUGGCUAUGUCGAUCCCAGCACGGUCACCGGCCAGAUCAUUCCUGCCAUCUCCACAGUUCCGAACUAUGGCGGUGUCAUGUUGUUCAGCGUCUUCUACGACAAGCAGAACAACAACUACAGUGCUCAGAUCAAGAGUGGCGUUUAGUGCUCACAAGAGGGUCGUCAUCCCAACUUCUGCCAUCAAUCGAAGUGGUUUGAUAGAAGCAAACUUUUGUUCAGGUCUACAGACCAGCAGAAUCUUAACAAGGCUCAUUUCUGCAGAGAUCUUGCGUGGAUGCUCGGGGUGAUAUGAAAAUUAGUCAUACAAUUUACGUAGCGUAAAAAACCCUCUGGAUGCAAGCGCGAUAUUUUGAGAACAAAUCCAUGCUUGGAGUCCGAUCAUGAGAAGCUGUACAUAACCUUAACACUCAAACGUUGAGUCCAAUCUUAAAAUGUGAAAGCCUUCAGUGCAUCUCAGAAUGUGGCCAAAUCCUGCUCUAAGGAACUUUGUUCAAGCAUAUGAUAUGACUCUUCAGAUUUGGACUUGACAAGUACGAGGUUAUACCAACGAAGAGUUGGACUUACUUCAUGCUUCUAACAGCUGACUCUUAAAGGGAAUGAACUCAUUGAGGAUUGAUACACCGGUACACUCCAUCGGCAAAUAUGUUUGCCAGAGAUUCGAUGGCCU